CUUAUAAAUUGAUGAGAAAAUAAUAAGUGCACGAAUGCCUAAACAACUUUAAGCCCAAAUUAGUAUCCAUGCAUAGAGCAAAAGUUGCGUUUGCAAACACUCUAAAAAUAAAUUGUGAGCCAAAAAAACUCAUAUCUAAUUUAAUUUUAUUUAUUUAUUUUGAAAUACCUAAAUUAGAUGGGAAAAUAUUUUUACGAUUUAUUUAGUCUAGGCCAAAAUCAAUAGCAAUUCCGAAAUUAAUAGAAAUAUUUAAUUAGUCAUUACUUUUUGUAGAAACAAAUAAAUAUAUAUGCCACGUCUAUCACUAAUGUAUGUCCACGGUGGAAAAUUCAAAAUACUUUUAAUCAAGGGUAAAAUUGUCACUCGAACAAACUCGCUUCUGGCAUUAAAGAAUUUUGUCCUGGCAUUAUAAACGAGGAAAAAGGUUGAAGAAAAUCAAACGUUUUCUCAAUUUCUUUUUUUGCCCUUUGUUUCAUAUUAAAUUUCUGCUCACUCCCCAGUUGAUGCUGUACUUUUCGUCAACAGAAUCGUCCCCAGAAGAGAAGCAAAAAAACCCUCUCCUUUGUCAAACGCCACUCCGAUUCAAUAGCGAUAUGGCUGCAGCUGCUGAAAGAAAAUAUCAUACUCCGUUUCUGAAAAGAUAUCCGGCCAUUAAUUCAAGCGAUUUGAGCUCCAAGCGGCACAAAGGGAUAAAAGCCGAGGAAGGAAGUGGCUGUAAUGAUAGUACGUUAUCUUCUCCUUGGCGUUUUGAAUCCGAACGAGAAAGGGGUUGCACUUAUUCACGAGUUGUAGAUCAUUCUGAUCCGUUCGCUACAAAUAAUCUGCUGAACGAGUUAGAUUCUGGCAAAUAUGGAAGUGCAACUAAAGAGAUAUACGAGCUUCUCAAGCGGAGGGCACAGUUAUUGAACACCUUAUGCCCAAUGAAUCCUGAACUUUCAUUACCGUGCUUUGAUGUGCAAAUUGGAGUGGCAUCAAAGAUGACUGAACCAACUACACCUGAUGUCAUUGACCUAGAUGAUGAUGAGGACGGAAAUAGUUUUGCAGUCGAAAGAUUUGUUCCAUUAGAACAGCAACCCCACUAUAUUAAGCCUGAGCCAGUUGUUAUCAUUGAUUCAGAUGACGAAAAUGAUACUAGGAGACCUCCCCAUCUGGAAAUGGAGUUGAAGGAGCCUCCCGGAAAUCUUCAGAUGAAAGACUUUGUGGAAUGGGAUUUCUCUCGAAGCCAAAGCCGAACCCGAACCCGAAAAGCUCGAGAAACAAAUGUGCCUGUGGAUGUUGCUCAAGGCCAAAAUUCUCGAGAAGCAAAUCCACAUGUUGCUGAUGAAACUGAACCCCCGAAAGAUAAAGGUGUAUAUGUUGGCAUAGAGGAGGAUAUGGAAGAAGAAAAUGAUGCGAUGUCUGAUACACAUUCUGACGGUCUUGGUGACAUUUGGAAUGAGAUGACAGUUGCAUUAGAGUGUUCAAAGGAUGCCACUGAAGAUGCCCUGCUUGAUGGGCAAGAUGCUGAAGAUGAAUACGAGUGUGAGCAUUCGUUUAUACUCAAAGAUGAUAUUGGUGAUGUAUGCCGCGUCUGUGGGGUCAUUAGGAGAGGAAUUGAAACAAUCAUCGAGUAUAAUUUCUCAAAGAGCACAAGAAAUACAAGAACCUACAGAUACGAAGGGCGCAGUACUAGGGAGUUAGAUCCAACCGAAAAUUUACCCGAUGCGUUCAGAUCAUCUGAUAUCGAUUUUACCGAAGCUGAUAUUAACCCACAUCCACGCCACAGGAAAGAGAUGAAACCCCAUCAAGUCGAGGGAUUCAAUUUCCUUCUGAGCAACCUCGUGACAGAUAAUCCUGGAGGUUGCAUCAUGGCCCAUGCACCUGGCUCAGGCAAGACUUUCAUGAUCAUCAGUUUCCUUCAGAGCUUCAUGGCGAAAUAUCCCGGUGCAAGACCUCUUGUUGUACUGCCAAGAGGUAUUUUGAUGAUAUGGAAAAGGGAGUUCACCAGAUGGCAAGUCGAAGACAUUCCCCUGUACGACUUUUACUCAGUCAAAGCAGAUAGCCGUUCACAACAGCUGGAAGUUCUGAAGCAAUGGGUGAAGGAAAGGAGCGUUCUGUUUCUAGGCUACAAACAAUUCUCUUCCAUAGUCUGUGACAAGGACGAUGGGAAAGUUACUCUCGCUUGCCAAAAUUAUUUGCUCAAGACUCCAACAAUCCUCAUUUUAGACGAAGGCCACACUCCGAGGAAUCAAGACACUGAUGUUCUGAGCUCACUUGAGAGGGUCGAAACCACAAGAAAGGUGGUUCUCUCCGGAACACUGUACCAAAACCACGUCAAAGAAGUGUUCAACAUUUUGAAUCUGGUGCGCCCAAAAUUUCUAAAAAUGGAGACUUCGAAAGCCAUAAGGAGACGCAUCUUGAGCAGAGCUGAAAUCUCUAGCAGAAGGAAUUUGAUGAAGAACAGCACGAACAACGAGUUCUACGAUCUGAUUGAACACAGCCUCACAAAAGACGAGAAUCACACACGGAAGGUGACUGUGAUACAAGAUCUCCGAGAGAUGACAAGGAAAGUCCUCCAUUACUAUAAGGGCGAUAACUUGGACGAGCUUCCUGGACUAGUUGACUUUUCUGUCUUUCUUAGGCUCAGUCCCUGGCAAAAAACCGAAGUCAAACAACUGACUCAAACUGUAGCCAGAAAGUUCUCAGUUAGUGCACAAGGAAGUGCAAUUUACGUGCACCCAAAGCUGAAAGCUCUCUCGAAAAACUCUGGUGUGAAAGACAGAGUCGAUGAGGAGAAGAUUGACACUUUACUGGAGAAGCUAAAUGUGAAAGAAGGUGUAAAGCUCAACUUCUACCUCAAUCUUCUCCAGCUUUGCGAAUCGAGUGGGGAAAAGCUUUUAGUUUUCAGCCAAUAUCUCUUGCCCCUCAAAUGCUUGGAGAGAGUAACUGCUAAAGUCAAGGGCUAUAGCAUCGGGAAGGAAAUGUUUAUGAUAACGGGUGAUUCUGAUGCGGACAUACGCGAAUCUUCCAUGGAUACAUUCAAUAAAUCAUCAGAAGCUCGUGUGUUUUUUGGGUCGAUCAAAGCAUGUGGUGAAGGGAUAUCUCUAGUCGGGGCUUCUCGGAUUAUUAUCCUGGAUGUUCACUUAAACCCGUCUGUGACCCGGCAAGCAAUUGGGCGGGCAUUUCGACCCGGCCAGGUGAAGAAGGUAUAUACUUACAGAUUGAUUGCUGCUGAGUCGCCAGAGCAGGAUGACCAUGCCACCUGUUUCAAGAAGGAAUCGAUUUCCAAGAUGUGGUUUGAGUGGGAUGAGUUUAGGGGACAACAAGGGCUUGAAAUGGAGACUAUUGAUGUUAAAAACUGCGGAGAUGAGUUUUUGGAAAGUGCACGAUUGAGUGAAGAUGUGACUUCUGUGUUUAAGAGGUAAUAUGUGCAGAAAAUUGUAAGGGUCGGUCUUCUACUGGAUUUUUUGAGCUUGUUUGCUGUCACAGAUUGAUUUGUUUGUGAAUUCUUGUCUAGUGGCAAUUGAAACACGAAACUGUUAAGAAGUUCGGUGAAGCAUGGUGGAUUUCUGAACAUGAAAAAAAGCAUAUUUUGUGAUUAUGAGUCAAGUCAUUAGAGAGUUGAUUUGUACAGUGAAUUAAAUCUAUGGCUAUACUAUGAAGUUGUGCCAAUGCUACAGUUGUAUUGGAUUUUUAUUGGUUAAGCCGUAACCGAAGCUU